GGCGCCGAGAGUGGCUGGGGAGCCGGAAACGCGCCUCGGAGGGUGCGGCCCUGGGGAGACCGCGGGCAAGGCGGGAAACGUUAGGCGAGCGGCCCCCGGGGCGCGGAGUCGAGCGGGCGGGCGGGCAGGGCCCCGAGCGAGCUCUGCCCGGAUGAGGAACAAAGCAGCGGGGCAGGCGCGCGUGCUCCCCGCGCGGCCGGCAGGUUGGGCAGCCGCCCUCCCGGAGCUUUUGGAGGACCAGCCCCGGCUGCCCCCCGGCAUGCCCAUCUCUUGGCAGGUUGCGCCGCCGCCGCCCCUCGGGAGAAGUUGGGCGGCCCCGGGGACGAGUGGCCGCGUUAGUGCAGCGGUUCUAAGCAAGAUUCGGUAGCACAUGAUCCUGGAACGCAAACCCUAAUGCCGGUUCCCCGCCACGGGUUGCGCUUUUCUCUUGACACUUGGCCCCAAACAGAUGCAUCACGAGAUGAAUGAAAUGAACCUGAGCCCAGUGGGGAUGGAGCAGCUGACUUCAUCCUCUGUGAGCAAUGCCUUGCCGGUCUCCGGGAGUCACCUGGGGUUGGCCACCUCACCCACCCACAAUGCCAUCCCUGCCUCAGGCCUGCCUGUGGCAAUUCCAAACCUGGGUCCCUCCCUGAGCUCUCUGCCUUCUGCUUUGUCUCUGAUGCUCCCAAUGGGUAUUGGGGAUCGAGGGGUGAUGUGUGGGUUACCCGAGAGAAACUACACCCUGCCUCCACCACCUUACCCCCACCUGGAGAGCAGCUACUUCAGAACUAUUCUACCUGGCAUUUUAUCUUAUUUAGCUGACAGACCACCUCCUCAGUAUAUCCACCCUAACUCUAUAAAUGUUGAUGGUAAUACAGCAUUAUCUAUCUCCAAUAAUGCUUCAGCACUAGAUCCCUAUCAGUCCAGUGCAAAUGUUGGAUUAGAACCAGGCAUUGUUUCAAUAGACUCUCGCUCUGUGAACACACAUGGUGCCCAAAAUCUUCAUCCCAGUGAUGGCCAUGAGGUGGCCUUGGACACAGCAAUCACUAUGGAAAACGUCUCUAGGGUUACCAGCCCCAUCUCUACAGAUGGAAUGGCGGAAGAGCUUACAAUGGACGGCGUUGCUGGCGAGCAUUCCCAAAUCCCAAAUGGCUCCAGAAGUCAUGAGCCUCUGUCUGUGGAUUCUGUGAGCAACAAUCUUGCAGCAGACACUGUGGGACAUGGUGGUGUGAUACCCAUUCAUGGGAGUGGCCUGGAGCUCCCCGUAGUCAUGGAGACUGAUCACAUUGCAAGUCGGGUCAACGGGAUGUCUGACAGUGCCCUCAGUGACUCCAUCCACACCGUGGCCAUGAGCACCAACUCUGUAAGCGUGGCACUCUCUACCUCACACAACCUCGCCUCCCUAGAAUCUGUUUCCCUCCAUGAAGUUGGCCUAAGCCUAGAACCUGUGGCCGUCUCCUCCAUCACCCAGGAGGUUGCUAUGGGGACAGGUCAUGUAGAUGUAUCUUCAGACAGUCUUUCUUUUGUACCACCUUCACUGCAAAUGGAAGACUCCAAUUCAAACAAGGAAAAUAUGGCCACCUUGUUUACAAUUUGGUGUACUCUUUGUGACCGAGCCUAUCCUUCAGAUUGCCCAGAUCACGGACCAGUGACUUUUGUUCCUGACACUCCAAUUGAGAGCAGAGCAAGGCUUUCUCUCCCAAAGCAACUUGUUCUCCGGCAGUCAAUUGUGGGAGCAGAAGUUGGUGUGUGGACUGGAGAAACCAUUCCUGUGCGGACCUGCUUUGGGCCGCUCGUUGGCCAGCAGAGUCACUCCAUGGAAGUAGCAGAGUGGACAGAUAAGACAGUUAGCCAUAUCUGGAAGAUAUAUCACAACGGUGUUCUAGAAUUCUGCAUCAUUACCACUGAUGAAAACGAGUGUAAUUGGAUGAUGUUUGUGCGCAAAGCCAGGAACAGGGAAGAGCAGAAUUUGGUGGCUUAUCCCCAUGAUGGAAAAAUCUACUUCUGCACCUCACAAGAUAUCCCUCCUGAAAACGAACUGCUUUAUUAUUAUAGCCGGGAUUAUGCUCAGCAGAUUGGUGUUCCCGAACACCCAGAUGUGCACCUCUGUAACUGUGGCAAGGAGUGCCAUUCCUAUACAGAGUUCAAGGCCCACCUAACCAGCCACAUCCAUAACCAUCUUCCUAGCCAGGGCCACAGCAGCAGCCACGGGCCAGGCCACAGCAAAGAAAGGAAGUGGAAGUGCUCAAUGUGUCCCCAGGCCUUUAUCUCUCCUUCCAAACUUCAUGUCCACUUCAUGGGUCACAUGGGUAUGAAACCCCACAAGUGUGAUUUCUGUAGUAAGGCUUUUAGUGAUCCCAGCAACCUGCGAACCCACCUCAAGAUACAUACAGGUCAGAAGAACUACAGGUGUACUUUGUGUGACAAGUCUUUCACCCAGAAGGCUCACCUGGAGUCCCACAUGGUUAUCCACACGGGCGAGAAGAAUCUCAAGUGUGAUUACUGUGACAAGUUGUUCAUGCGAAGGCAGGACCUCAAGCAGCAUAUGCUCAUCCACACGCAAGAACGCCAGAUCAAGUGUCCCAAGUGUGAUAAGCUGUUCUUGAGAACAAAUCACUUAAAGAAACAUCUCAAUUCACAUGAAGGAAAACGGGAUUAUGUCUGUGAAAAAUGUACGAAGGCUUAUCUAACCAAAUACCAUCUCACCCGCCACCUGAAAACCUGCAGAGGGCCCACCUCCAGUUCAUCAGCACAGGAGGAAGAGGACGACUCAGAGGAGGGGGAACUGACAGACUCUGUGGGGACUGAAGACUGUCGGAUUAGCAGUGCUGUAUAUUCAGCAGACGAGUCUCUCUCUGCCCAUAAGUGAAAGAAAAGGAAGCCAACUGUUUGGGUUGGAAAAUGCAAAAGGGAAAAAAAACCCCACAUAACACAUUAUCCACUACAGUGGUUUUUAUAUAUAAUGGUCUCUGAUUCCUUCUAGCCAACCGUCAAAACAGCACGAAUGGGAAUGGAUAAAGCACUUAAAGAUGAUGAUCUUAAUGAAAACACUUUAAAACAGAUUGGGAGAGAAGAGCAUGUGUUCUGUUUUUAAGUAAUAUAUAAGGAGGAAGUUGUCAACUUUUGAGGUCUUUUUUUAUUUACAUGAAAAUCUGGGUGAUGCAUUGAUGCCGGAAUCAAAGCUGGAGUCUGUCCAAACAAAUCAGAUUUAUUUUCAGUCCUUCCAUUUCCCUCCCAUCCCUGGGACUUGGUGGCGCUCUAAACUUGGUCCCUGCCUCACAGUCAUCCUCCUUGCUGAUUGUGGCUCUGGUGUUCUGUUUUAUGCAAACUAUUGUGAUUUAAAUUCAUCCCAAAAUGGAUUGGAACCCAGCAGUAUAAGCUUGUUACUUUGCAGCUAACAAGUUUAAAGCACACCUGCCUUAAUCUUUCCUGCUUUGGAGUUUAGGGUGACUCUUGCUUCUCAAAAUUUCAGCAGGUGCCUAGAGGACAGGUGAAAGAGGAGCAGCUGGGCAGUAAGCAGUGAUGGAGAGAAGAGGGAAGACACUGGGCCACUGUCCACGAAACUAGCUUUGGCAGAAGCCAGGCGGAGACCCCUGAAUCCUGUUACAUAGAGAUCUUUUAGGUUUAAACAUGUCCCUCUGUCUUCAAUAAAGCCUACAGCCUCUAGACAAUGGGGGCCUGGAGGUGUAGGGAGCCAGAUAAGGCCUACUGGAUUAUCUCCUGACAGUAGCACACAUGGACUCGGCUGGUGCAGUGGUACCUCGGCCCGUGGGAGGAAGGACGGAAUGAUCCUUUGCAUCCUACUUAACCCUCUGAAAAGGAACAAGAUGUUACUAGAAUGUUACUAACUGACCAAAGACCUCCGAUGCAUUGGUGUGCUGUAAGGUUAGACUUGCUGGCUGGCUGUGGUGGAAGACCCCAGUAGGUAAGUGUGGCGGAUGCCAAAGGAUUUGGAACUUAACGGUCACCACAUAGGGUCUCAGCUUAGUUAAUGCAUCCAUCCAUCCUGCCUUUCACCUGGCUUCUCACAUGCAUAUCCGGCCACCAAGAAGCAGACACAUCCUUAAGCUGACGGUUGAUGGGACGUGCUUUCCUGCUUUAAGGCACCACCCAUGGGCUGGAGUAGAAAGAACUCAUGGAAGGUUUUGCUGCUAAUGUAUUUAUGGAAUGAAUGUAUUUCAUUCAAAUCUGUAUUCCUCUAGGGAGGAUUAAAAUAAAACUUUUUAAAAAAAA